AUGUACAACUCUACCAUGCAAGACGACGAGCUCGAGCUCUGGCUGCCGAGGGACACUGACACCCAUAUCCUCUACGAUACAGCACAGCUCUCCCAUGACUGCCUGGAUGACUAUCUGCAGGGGUUUGAGAUCGAUGAUCUUCUGGACAACACCCUGCAAAGUGUGCAGCACCACAGCGAGGCCCUCUACAACGGACCCAGCAUUCACGCCGCAUUGAGUAAUAGCGUGAAGCAGGAGGAACCAGAAUACGAUCAAGGCUUGAUACGGCAGAUGCUGAUCGAGCAGGAGGCAGGACAGCAGGAGGCGGGUGAGCAGGAGGCGAUCAUGCAGGAAGAGAGCGUCCGCACGCGGGUGGGCAUCGAAGAGUACCAGCUCGUACUGGACAAGGAGGAGUCCAAGCGUCUCGAGCAUCGCUUCAUCGAGAUGGCCUUGGCUAGAGGAGGGGGCGUGACGAUGGAGGAGAUCGACUACUCCGGCGAUGGCAAGCAGCUGGCGGUGGAGGGGAGACGGAUGGUGUACAUGCGCGAGGGCAGACAUUUCCACCUGUGCGGAUUGACGGUCGUGGUCACACCACGCAAGCCAGGGUCUGUGCCGGACAUGGAGGACAUCCACACGAGCUUCAACGAGGUCGCUCGCGACGUGAAGCUGGCAGUGCAGCAGUGCGGGAAGGAGAAGAGGGCGCACGACAUGAGCCGGUCGGACUACAGCAACGACGUGACGAACAUGAUGCUGCAGGCUGGGCUGAUGACGGGGACCACCAAGCGCAAGGGAGACAACCUCAUCAACGACUUCAAGGCGUCCAUGUACCUGGACGAGCGAGACAGGCAAUACAAGGUUGCUCUCAAGUACUGCCAGGAGGCAGUGGCCAAGUACAAGCAGAUCACCGACAAGGCGAGGGAGCGGUCGCAGAAGAGGAGAGAUGCGAAAAGGAACGAGCAGGAGGAGAGGGGAGGCAAGCGCGCUCGGGCUGCGUUAGACCGAGAGAUGUGA